GUCACCCACAGGUCAGGUGACUAAACAGGAAGAGAUGACGUCACCCACAGGUCAGGUGACUAAACAGGAAGAGAUGCAGGAGAAUUCCGAGACUCAUUCCUGGAGCUGAAGCGGAUUAAAACAUCGAGUCUGCAGCUGAAAGAGUGGAUGAAGUAUGGAGGAUGAUGAACUUCCGUCAGAGGAUGGGAUGGGUGGCCGUGGUCCUCUACCUGCUGCUCAGCGUCAUGGCGGCGUACUACGUGUUUGAGGUUCAUAGCUUCAGUUUGGAGCGUGUGCAGAGAGGCGGUGUCAGUCCGUCGGCUCCGCCCCAAGCCAUCGCCGCCAACCUCCCACCACUUCCUGUGUGGAUGUGGGCGUCGGCCUUCCUGCUGCCAUACCUGCAGCUCUUCCUCUUCCUGUUCUCGUGUACGAGGGCCGACCCACGAUCCAUCGGCUACUGUGUCCUUCCUGUCUGCAUUGCUCUGCUGUGCAGCCGCCGCCACGCCACCAAACCGGCCAAUCACAGAGCGGGAACGCUCAUCGAGACAUAGGGCGACCCGAUAGAACGAUUGGUUUGUGAUGUCACUGCCUGUGUGCCUUUAAGCAAACACUCUGUGGUCAUGUUGCCCUCGGUGCGGACUGUCAAUCAUGUUCCUCUGUGUUAUUUUAUGUUUGUGACGUCAUAGACGAUCCUGUGCUGUGAUUGGCUGAAUAUAUAAGUUAGUAAUUUAUCUGAUGAGCUCACAGCCAAUCCACGAGCAGGAUUCUCUGAUUAUUUAAUGACAUGAGUCACGUGACACUGUUUAUCAUGACAACUUUAAUACAACAUCAAUAAAAUGAGUCCUCAACUUCUGGAUCUUUUAGCUGGAGGUUGUAGCUCCACGUUUGGGA